AUGGGGCUUGACGCUGCCUGCUUCUGGGACGAAACUUCAAGGACCGUGCGAGACGUCUCAACACUGCGAAUAACCGCGGGCAAGAAAACAAGAGAUUUUGAUGCGGAAGAAGCUGAUGUACAGAUUAGAAAGAUCUCACGGGUGCUGCUGCAACCGGGCUCCCAGAGAGAGACCGGAAGUGGGCCAGCCGUGGCGGUGGCGUUGCUGGAGAGGCCGCUGGAGCUGAGCGGCGCCGUACACUCCGUCUGCAUCGACGGGCCUGCCGCAUCCCCUCUGAAGGAUGGCCAGACCGGUCUGGUUGCAACUCUCGACUUGCCGCGAUAUUCCGAGCUCAAGAUUCUUAACAUGAAUGUUCUAAAGAAGAAUGAAUGUUUAGCUGAACUGUCUGUCAGUUCUUGCUGGACAAUGGCUUCUGACAACUUUUGUGCAAUCGAUCGCAAAGUUUCAGAAGGCCUUUGUUCCGGAAACAUGGGAGCGGGACUGGCAGUCCGCGGCCCUGGGGGAGCCUGGCUGCUGAAGGGCGUCGCCAGCUCUCGCCAGUUGUGCGGCCCGAACCACCACUGCUCCAAGGCGACGGUAUUCUUCACGGAUGUCGACGACAGUCGUGACUGGCUCUGGAAGGCAGUGCAAGCAAGCACUUCGUACCACCUUGCGUAAACCUGGUAGUCUCAUAGAUAUACCAUAGCACAAUAUUUUAUUGUAAUUUUCACCUACAUGCUUAAACGGAGCCAGAUUAAAGUGACGAGAAUCUGUUGUACACUGUUUAUUGCAAAAAAAUUAAGUUGUCGUUAUUUGUCAUACUCUAUGUGCCUAUUUACAACCAAUUAAGAAGAAAGUAUCAUUCAAUUCUGAGCUCCCAACCGCUGAUGUGCUAUUACUCCAGAUCUCCUCACAUUUUUUGCCUUAAAAGGAACUAUCUAGUUCUGAUUCAUUCAUUCCUCGUUUUCCAUCGAUCCCAUCAAAAAGCAGAAUCUUCAGGAAUGCGUAACGAGUCAACAUAUACAUUACCAAAAGAAGGCAAAACGUAAUAUGUACACUGUAUCAACACUUAUCAAUAUACCAUUUUAUACUAUUUGUGCUUAUGCCCGAUGAAUUUAAACCGUAACUUUGCUGGAAAGCCACUAUUUAUGGGGAAAAAUGCUGCUUACACAGUUAAAGAAGAUAACAGCUGUUUUCCUUCCACUACUAGCUUAGUAUUUAUAUAAAAAUACCGAUAUUUGUCAAGCAAAAUCCUGGCCUUUACAUUUAACAAUGGAGGCUUCUUUACAGUAUACAGCUACCUAUUACGCAUCAUUACGAUAAACAUUGCUACAUGUUGUACAGCCACCAAGAUUUAAAUCUUUGAAUCAAGAGAAUUAAAUAUAUUGUAGAAAACUGCUACUGAGGUAUGUUUUAAUUUUUAUUAAAUUGGUAAGAGUUACUAAUUUCCUACUUUAUGUAGGACGGGAACUUUUAGAAGAUCUUUCCCCUAGAGCAUGUUUGCCAACCUUUUAGUACCUUUGAACCGUGUAGGGCAACCCAUUAUAUCCUGUGGGCUGCAUACGUUUCUAACUUAAUAAUAUAAACGUCAUUAAUAAAGAAAAAAGUUAA